AUGGAUACAGCCACUCGGCGAGAUUGGGAAGAAGAGCUGGAAGUGUCCGACAAGGGCUCCAGUGGUAGUGGAAACUUCUACCCUACUUUCAAGAACCUGGCCGAUUUCCUCCGACGUCGCUGCAGAACUCUUUCGUCUCUAGCGCCAAAAGACGCACCAAGAUCGACUGCUGCGACUUCCAGGGGCGAUCCGAAGUCAAGCCUUCUACCAACGGCAAUCAUCAGCGUGGGUGGUAGCACUGGAUGUUUCGGAAGAGCUCGAGCCCUUCUCGAUCCUUGUUCAGAGUCGACUCUUACCACCUUACGACUAGCUCGAAAGUACGGUGACGGCUUAAGGAACUCUUCGAUCGGGGUUGUUGGAAUCUCGGGCGGUGUCAUGAGCUCCUCAUUGGCGUGCACGAAGCUAAGCCUUUCCGAUGGGCAAAUGGUCUUUCAAGUUAACGCCCACGUGCUGCAGCAUUUUGGUCUGAUUACUCCCUCCAGGAAGCUCAACUUCAAUGCCGACGCGUUGUUCCAUGGACUCAAACUGGCCGACCCAGACUUUUCGUCACCCAGACCAGUCGACUUGGUCCUUGGGGCAGACGUGUAUGGCCGAAUUCUUCGUUCCGGCCUCGUCAGCCGAGGGAGCUUCAUCGCUCAACGAACGAUAUUUGGUUGGACGAUCACCGGAGCUCAAGGCGAUCCCCCGGCUCUUACCACAUCAAGCCUAGCAAUGCUGCAGGACACGGGACUCUGGAGUGAGUGCCUCGUGGGACUAAUGCAGCAGUAUUGGGCGGUCGAAGAAAUACCAAGUAUAAUUCGAGUCUCUCCGGCUGAUGCCAAGUGCGAAGCCUGUUACGCUCAGCACCACUCGAGAGACAGCAGUGGCAGAUAUGUCGUCCCUCUCCCUGUCAAAGAAGACUAUAUCGAUCUACUCGGAGACGGCUUGAACCAGGCUAGAGCAGCCUUACGCGCUGCACAGAGGAGAAUGAUAAUGGAUCCUGACCUUCAAGAGCACUACGUGGCAUUCAUGAGCGAAUACAUCCGAUUAGGCCACAUGCGUCCAGUGUCGGAGCAGGAGAUGGAGAACUGCCCUCAAAGGGUUAACUAUAUACCUCAUCACGCCAUCUGGCAGCGCAGUGACGGCGGGCGGCGCCUUCGCGUUGUAUUUAACGCCUCGAGCCCCACCUCAACGGGAUACAGUCUGAACGACGCUCUCUAUCCAGGGCCCAAAUUACAAGAUGACAUUGUCAGUGUCCUCACUCAGUGGAGACUUUAUCGAGUAGCCUUCUGUGCAGACAUCAAGAUGAUGUUCCGUCAGAUACAAAUCCGAAAGGAGGACGUGCAUUUACAACGAGUCAUCUGGAGUCAAGGUGAAAAUGAGCCGGAGACUCACUACGUCUUGCUUACAGUCACCUACGGAGAGGCUAGCGCACCUUAUUUAGCGUUGAAGACUCUAACGCAACUGUGCGAGGACGAAGGAGCAGCCUUUCCUGAAGCAGUUGACGCUGUCCGCCGAAAUCUUUAUGUCGACGACUUCUUGACCGGCGCAGACGACGAAGACACGGCCAGAAAGCGCAGAGAUCAACUGGUUCAACUUCUGAAGGCGGGCGGCUUCGUACUCAAGAAGUGGGUCUCAAACACGCCAUCUCUCUUGCACGAUUUGAAAGUCGAAGAUUUGCUGCGACCGAGUUGGCUUCACUUCACCACGGAUGGUCCAGUGAAUGAGUUGGGAAUUGCUUGGGAUCCGAGUGCUGAUUGCUUUCGUACUAACAUAAAUUCUAAGAUAGCUCCAAUUUGUCAAGUUGUAUCCGAGGAUAACGAUACAAAUUUUCAUCUGUUUUGGUUAAAUGAAUGGCAAAAAGCUGGAUCUAAGGUACCAAAUUAA